CUCUCUCCCUCCCUCCCUCCACCCAGGCUGUGGCAUUGGCAAAGUGAUAACAGGUGGAACACAGGAACUGCAAACAGGCACCUAAUGUUCCGUGCUGUUUUGAAAUAGACCUCAAAUCGCUGCUACAUUGUGUUUGUUGUUUGUUUGUUUUACUCUGAAGAGAAAAUCAAAAUGUCAGGCGUGAAUCUUGACCAGUUACACCAAUCGACGUUGGGAAUAUAUGAGAAUCUCGUGGAGCAGUUCAACCCAGGCCUACAGAGACUGGUGGCCCUUGGCAACAUCUACAGUCAGGCCUUUCAAGCUCUUGCGGCCACCAGUGAGGAAUAUUUCAAUGCUCUGGGCUGGAUGGGGGAGCAAGCCUUACACACCCUCUCCUCUCGCUCGCUGGGUGAUGUCAUAAUCCAGAUCGCCGAGAGCCAGAGGAAACUGACCAAUGAGGUGGAGGGGAUGUUCUGCAGGUUCCAUGGUGAGGUUCUGCGGGAGAUGGAGAAUAACGUGAGGCUGGAUAAGGACUUCAUAACAGGCAGCAGGCGGCGCUAUGAGAUGGAAGUGCGCAGCCAGGCAUCGGCCAGACGCGGCGGCCACCAGGAUGGUGGUGAGUACACACACUUCCUGCGGGAGAGCCAGAGAGAUGCUCUGAAGGAGGAGGAGAGAAGGUACCGCUUCCUGGCAGAGAAGCACUGCAACUUCUCCCUGUCUAUAGCUCACCUCAUGAACAAGACAGGAGGUUCUCUGCAGCAGAGGGCAGAGGAAUGGAUGGACCACGUCAACGAGACACGAGGCUCAAGACCACGGACCCCAUCACGGAUGGAGCAAGAGCUGAUGCAGAUGGGGCAGAGAGAAGAGAAGAGAGGUCAGCAGUGGAUGGGAAGGGAGGAACAGCCUUUGGGAAGGAUGCCAUCUAGAGGCCCCUCUCCCCAGCCCCUGCGGUCUCGCUCCGGCUCGUUGGGGGACGGUCUGAGUGGCGGGCGUCAGAUGUGGGCGGUGGUGACGUGCGCCCCCUCCUCCAACCCCACCCUGCUGGACUUCACCAAGGGCGACGCCAUCACCGUGCUGGUGCCCGAGCCACGCAACGGCUGGCUGUACGGGCGAGCAGAGAACAGCGCACGUCAGGGCUGGUUUCCUGCUUCUUACGUGGAGACACUGGAACAGACUCUUUCACCACCACCCUCCACGUAUGUACACACUCUGAAAACAAACACAACAACAACAACAACAAUAACAACAAUAACCACAUGAACAUUACCACCAACUUAAA